UCGGGUCACAGUCACGUGGCCCGGCUGCGGCUCGCGAUGGCGGCCCCCAUGGACGGGAGCCCCAGUGGCUGGGCGGCCCAGGCGCUACGGCGGGUGCUGGAGCUGGCCUCGCUGGUCUCGUUGGCCGGGCUCUUGCUGAGCGGCCCAGCGGGCGCUCUCCCCACCCUGGGGCCCGGCUGGCAGCGCCAAAAUCCUGACCCGCCCGUCUCCCGCACUCGCUCGCUGCUGCUGGACGCCGUGUCCGGCCAGCUGCGCCUGGAGGACGGCUUCCACCCCGACGCGGUGGCGUGGGCCAACCUCACCAACGCCAUCCGCGAGACCGGGUGGGCCUAUCUGGACCUGGGCACAAAUGGCAGCUACAAUGAUAGCUUGCAGGCCUAUGCAGCUGGUGUGGUGGAGGCCGCUGUGUCUGAGGAGCUCAUCUACAUGCACUGGAUGAACACGGUGGUCAAUUACUGCGGCCCCUUCCAAUAUGAAGUUGGCUACUGUGAGAAGCUUAAGAACUUCUUGGAGGCCAACCUGGAGUGGAUGCAGAGGGAGAUGGAGCUUAGCCUGGACUCUCCAUACUGGCACCAGGUGCGACUGACCCUCCUGCAGCUGAAAGGCCUGGAGGACAGCUAUGAGGGCCGUUUAGCCUUCCCAACUGGGAGGUUGACCAUCAAACCCUUGGGGUUCCUCCUGCUGCAGAUCGCUGGAGACCUGGAAGACCUAGAACCAGCCCUGAAUAAGACCGACACCAAGACUUCCCUGGGCUCUGGUUCAUGCUCUGCCCUCAUCAAGUUGCUGCCUGGCAGGCGUGACCUCCUGGUGGCGCACAACACGUGGAACUCCUACCAGAACAUGUUACGCAUCAUCAAGAAGUACCGGCUGCAGUUCCGGGAGGGGCCGCAAGAGGAAUACCCCCUGAUUGCUGGCAACAACUUGGUUUUUUCGUCUUACCCGGGCACCAUCUUCUCCGGCGAUGACUUCUACAUCCUGGGCAGUGGGCUGGUCACCCUGGAGACCACCAUCGGCAACAAGAACCCAGCCCUGUGGAAGUAUGUGCAGCCCCAGGGCUGUGUGCUGGAGUGGAUUAGAAACAUUGUUGCCAACCGCCUGGCCUUGGAUGGGGCCACCUGGGCAGAUGUCUUCAAGCGGUUCAACAGCGGCACGUACAACAACCAAUGGAUGAUUGUGGACUACAAGGCAUUCAUUCCUGAUGGGCCCAGCCCUGGAAGCCGGGUGCUUACCAUCCUAGAGCAGAUACCGGGCAUGGUAGUGGUGGCUGACAAGACUGCAGAGCUCUACAAGACGACCUACUGGGCUAGCUACAACAUCCCGUACUUUGAGACUGUAUUCAACGCUAGUGGGCUGCAGGCCCUAGUGGCCCAGUAUGGAGAUUGGUUCUCCUACACCAAAAACCCUCGAGCCAAGAUCUUCCAGAGGGACCAGUCACUGGUGGAGGACAUAGACGCCAUGGUCCGGCUCAUGAGGUACAACGAUUUCCUUCAUGACCCUCUGUCGUUGUGCGAAGCCUGCAGCCCGAAGCCCAAUGCGGAGAAUGCCAUCUCUGCCCGCUCUGACCUCAACCCUGCCAAUGGCUCCUACCCAUUUCAGGCCCUGCGCCAGCGUGCCCAUGGUGGCAUUGAUGUGAAGGUGACCAGCUUUACACUGGCUAAGUACAUGAGCAUGCUGGCAGCCAGUGGCCCCACGUGGGACCAGUGUCCACCGUUCCAGUGGAGCAAAUCGCCAUUCCACAGCAUACUGCACAUGGGCCAACCUGACCUUUGGAUGUUCUCACCCAUCAGGGUCCCAUGGGACUGAGAAUCUGCCUCUGCCCAGCUGCCUUCAUUUAGUGUGGCCAGUGGGUCGCACACCUGCCGCCCACCCCUCUGGAUCUGUCUGCACUCGACUCUGCUCCUAGUGGUGUCCUUCACACGGACUCCCAGUGGGCUCAGGGAACCUCUGCCCCUUCAUGGCUCUUCCUCCCUGUCCCUGUCACCAGCAGGCUGGGGCUUAUGCUUGGCUGUGGGCCUGGUGGAAUCCAGGGUGCCAUUCUUCUAGUGCUGGUCCCUCAGCGUGUAUGUGAACUGAUGGGGGACAUUAUAGUUGUCACUACUGGCCUGCGGGCCCAUCACUUUAGGAGGCAGCCCUGUGCCCCCUUCUGGGCAGCUUUCCUAAGUGCAGGGGCUUGAGAACAAAACCAAAGUUUCUGGCUGCUUGUAGCUGGAGUCUUCCUUCAGCAGGAAGGAUGGACCACCACCCCAUCCUCCCAGCCAAGCCUGCCCUGGCCUCCUGGCAGGUGUCCCUGGUUGUGUGUUAUGGGCAGCAAAGCCCAGGCUGUGCUUUUGUUAAACAGGCCUUGUGGGGCGGCACCACACCCUGUCUGUCCACUGUUGUCUCCUUCCAUCUGUCCUUUCUCUCCUGUGUCAGUCCAUGCACUCACAGUCCAUCCACAUUGCCAGCCACCUGCCCAUCCGUCCACCCACCUGUCCACUCUCCCAUCCAUCCUACAGUCUUUUCACUCAUCCAUCUGUCCACACAGCCACCCAUCCAUCCACCUACCAUCCACUCAUCUGCAUCUUCAUCUGAACCUCCUCACCUGCUCAGCCACCUGUCCACCCAUCUACCUGCCCAUCUGUCCAUCUUUCCACCCAGAACUGCACAUCCCUUUUGUUUUGGUUUUGCUCUGUAACUCAGUGUGGUCUUGAACUUGUGGCUGCCUGCCUUCAUCACUCACAUGCUGGGUUUACAUGUAUGGGCCACCAUGCCUUUUUCUGUUUUUUAAUCAGUCCACCCAUGUGUCUGUUCCUCCAUCUCACCAUUUACUUAUCCCUUUUAGUCCUGCUCAGCAUCUGUCUCAAGGGCUGUUUUCUGGGUCCUAGUCUGGCCCGCCCUGCUGACCACUAAGACCCUAAAUCCUAGACUCAGAGACCCAUGUGAAACCAAGUCCCCUGUGUGGGCCCUGGAGAGCUCACAACUUGUGAACCAGAGGCCCUGAGACAUGUGGGUGGCUUUACCCCAGCCAGCCCAGGCCUGCCAUGUGUUCUGAAUUUUGUUGGUAGUUCGGGGUUGUGUUUUCUGUGUCAGGUUCACUCAACCUUCCCUGCCCUGCAGAUAUGUGCGCAGGGUUAGUUUUCCAGACGCCACGGUGGGGCUGCUGGUGUUUCAGGAUGUCCUCCUCCUGUCCAUAGGACUUCACAUUAGCAUGUGGUGGCCUUGCCUAUGCAUCCCCCGGCUAUUUUGCACCCUACCACCCCACCCUAGGCCCCUGUGUGGCUUAGCUGUGGUCCUCUCUCCUGACUUAGGGAUGUGUGGGUCCCACUCUACACCAGUCCACUAGGAGAUCCAAGUCCCCAGAGAGGGGAACAUUGCUCCUCUGAGAGCCAGGGAAGAUGUGGCGGGGUGUAGAGAGAGACUAGGAAAGGCAAGGUAACCAACGCCUCUCUUCCUGGCACUCAGGAUGCAGCCAGCUUGGGCUGCAUGUAGACCCCAUGUCACAAGAACAAACAAAGCUCAAAAGAUCUUCGCUCUAUAAAAUAUAUAUUUAUUUUUUAUUUACAA